CCAAGGUACCUUGGGCCUCGCCUCGGUGCCGCGACAGCUGCGACUGCGAGCUAGCGGGGCUCCGACGUGGUAGAUAGUUACUGCGGAGGGAAGGCGAAUCCCGCGGCGAGAGCCUUCUGUGAUCGAUGCGAUGCGUUGACUCGAUACCUAGUCGAUGCGCUGCGAUGGCGAUGGCGAUGUGUCUGUCUGGCUUCGAGAUCGAGACCUCCAGCUUGGUCUUUGGGGUCUUGCUUGGUUGGUCCUUACUCGAUGCCCACCCACGAUGCCUAGGUAAACACACACACUCGCGCGCGCGCACGCAAGUCGCAGGUCGCAGGAAGGAAGAAGCAAGCCAGCCAGCAGCGAGAAGCACCCACAACCCACCCACAGUAGUGCACAGUCUGCAGCCCCCUUCGCGAGCGACUCCCUUUCUCACUCCCUUUCCCCUCCCCCUCCCUCGACCUCAGCGGCAGCACGCAAGUUGCCAGCUCCAAGCUCCAAGCGAGCAAGCGCUCAAGCAAGCGCUGACACGCACACGCACACGCACACUGCCACCCUACGUGUACAUACCCCGUACGCCGUACAGCGUACCUUUUCCGCGCACUUAACACUCGCAACCCCGACCACACGCACGCACGCAAUCCGCAAACCUCCGCCCCCCAACGCCGGAGGCCUCCGUCCUCCGUACCCA